UAUAGAUUCUUUCUCCAUUAUCUGCAAACCUCUUCCACCAUGCCAUCGCAGAGAGCGGUACGGCAGCAAUGGAUGCUAUAAUGAGUCCCAACCCUCUGCCAACAGCCCAAUAUGUAGGAAAUGCAUCUGGCUGUGAUAUUUCCAGCACAAAGAAGAUUGUUGACUGUGUAAUGCAGCUGACUGAAGACGACAUACUGACACUGCUUAAGGAGCAUCCAAUGGUUCGUUUUGGAGUGACGAUGGAUGGCCGGUUCCUUCCCAAGCCUGUAGAGGAGCUUCUUCAAUCCCAGCAGUUUAAUAAAGUGCCCCUGAUCAAUGGAAUCACAAAUGAUGAGAGUGGAUAUAUGCUGCCUAGUGUAAACACU